AUGGUGGAAGAUUUUAAGACUGCAAAUAAUAGUGCAGCAGCAGGGAAAGAGAAGCAGACCAGAGAUUGGAAGCCUCCACCUGAAGGUUUUUUCCUCAUAAAUGUGGAUGGAGGAAUCCUAGCUGAGGAUGGUCACUCUGGAAUUGGUAUUGUCAUUUGGGAUUGGGAGAGUCAGAUUGUUGCAGCUAUUAGCAUGCCUCUAUCCGGAAAAUUUGCAGUAGAGGAAACUGAAGCAUUAGCCAUGGAAAAAGGUGUUAUCCUUGCUUUUGAUCUAGGCUUGGAGAAUGUCAUUUUGGAAGGAGGCUCCUUGCAAACUAUCCAGGCAGUAAACAAAAAAGAUUAUAGAGGAAUGACUGGCCACAUCAUAUCUGGUAUCAUCCAUGAAAUGUCCAAAUUCAAGAUGGUAGAGGCUAGACACAUAAAUAGGAAUGGCAACAAGAUAGCCCAUGAACUUGCUCAAUAG